AUGAAAAACUCCACCCUGCUGCCUAUACUGGGGGCAACUUUGAACUCCCUCCUGGGGCCAAGAGUUUUGGUUUAUGUCAGCUGUGCACUUUCUAUAUGGGGAGACCGAAUGUGGCACUUUGCUCUGUCUGUGUUCCUGAUAGAGUUAUACGGACGCAACCUUCUCCUGACAGCAGUUUUUGGCUUAGUGGUGGCUGGUUCGGUGCUGCUGUUCGGGGUUUUAAUUGGAGACUGGAUUGACAGAAAACCAAGAAACAAAGUGGCCCAUGCAUCCCUGUUCCUUCAGAACUCCUCGGUCACUACCUGCUGUAUCGUCCUAAUGUUGGUGUUCUCCUACAAAAACGAGAUCGAAGGCGUCUGGCAGGGCUGGCUCACGGUGGCCUGCUAUGUGGCAGUGAUUAUCUUAGCAGAUCUGGCCAGCCUGGCCAGCACAGCCCUGGCCAUCACCAUUCAGAGAGACUGGAUCGUGGUCAUGACUGGGGACAACAGAAGCCAGCUGGCUGGCAUGAAUGCAACGAUUCGAAGGAUGGACCAAAUCAUCAACAUCUUUGCCCCCCUCUCUGUGGGACAGGUGAUGACAUGGGCAUCUAACGUCAUUGGUUGUGGCUUCAUUCUGGGAUGGAACUUGGUGUCUCUGUUGGUUGAGUUCCUCUUCCUGUCUAAAGUUUAUCAGCUAGUUCCUCAGUUGGCUGCAAAACCCCGGAGGUGCACAGGGGACAACUUCCUAAAAAGGCAACUGGAGCUCAUCAGCUCUCAAGGGGAAAUUCAUUCUUGUCCAACCACUGAUGAGUUUGCCAACAUGUCCAAGACUUUGGAAGGACCAGAGGACCAGCCAUCUCCUCUGGAAGCCCAGCAGGACAUGACCUCCAGGUUUCCUCUCGGCCUCAGACAGAUACAAAGACUAGUCCGGACAUGUUGUGAUGGCUGGAAGACAUAUUGCGGGCAAACUGUCUUCUUGGCGGGAUUGGGUUUAGCCUUCUUAUACACAACUGUGCUGGGCUUUGACUGUAUCACCACAGGCUAUGCCUACACACAGGGGAUCGGGGGCUCCCUUCUCAGCCUCCUUAUGGCCAUCUCAGCCUUCUCAGGUCUUGUGGGCACAAUCCUCUUUACCAGGUUAAGAAGGUCCUAUGGCUUAGUUCACACGGGCCUCAUCUCCAGCUGUCUCCACAUAGGUUGUUUGCUGCUGUGUGUGUUUUCUGUCUUUGCCCCCGGGAGUCCUUUUGAUUUGGUACAUGUUUCUGCUUUUGAAAGAAACAUUAACCAGCCUAUCCUUCCUGGUCGCUCAGCCAUCCACUGGACCAAUAAUACUGUUCUGAUGGAUGGUGCACAAGAGAGCAACCAGCCUGAGUCAUAUGUCUCCAUCAUCUUGCUCUUCUCAGGGGUGAUCUUGGCCAGAAUUGGUCUCUGGUCCUUUGACCUCACUGUGACUCAGCUCCUUCAGGAAAACAUCGCAGAUUCAGAACGUGGCACUGUGAACGGCGUGCAGUGCUCCAUGAACUACCUAAUGGACCUUAUCCACUUCAUCCUUGUCAUCCUGGCUCCAGCCCCUCAACAAUUUGGGCUGUUGGUGUUCAUUUCUAUCAUCUUUGUGAUUAUGGGGCACACCAUGUAUUUUGUUUAUGCACGUAGAUACAGGAGUCAAAAUCCACGUACCCAGAAAACACCAAAGAGGGACAGGGAAGCCUUUUUAAUUUGA